AUGGUUAGCCCACUCAUGGUGUGGGUGGGCCUACAGAAGCGUGGGUGCAUGUGCAUGUGUGUGUGUUCAGGUGUGAGUGCCGGCCUUAGAAGUGGACUCAGAGAGAAGUCAGUGCCUGGACAGAGUGGCAGGCAAAUAGCAGGUGAGAGCUCGGUAAGGGGGCCCUGUCUGCUAACCAUGGGGCCGAUGCACUGAGGGCCCCCUGGAAGAAAUAUCAAACCUAAUGAGGGGUGGAAAGUAACCAAGAAAAAGAAGAAAAUCUUAAAAAAGAAAGAGCAGAAGAAUGGUUGCAGAGGAAGUGAUAAUUACAUUGUCCGGUGGAGCACCAUGGGGCUUUCGACUCCAGGGAGGUGUGGAACAUCAGAAACCACUCCAGGUGGCUAAGGUACGGAAGCGCAGCAAGGCAUGUCGGGCUGGGCUACGAGAAGCUGAUGAGCUGGUGUCUAUUAAUGACCAACCAUGUGGGACGCUAUCCCAUGCCCAAGCCAUGGACCUCAUCGACAGCUCCCCUGGAUUAUUACACAUCAGGGUCAAAAGGGUACCGGUUGGUUUUCAGUCUGUGGUACUCGUGACCCGUGCCCCAUCUCCUCGUAUAGACAAAGAGUAUCGGGCUGCUCUGCGUGCCAUGUCACCCACCCACCACAUCCAUGCACCUGUCCGUGAGGUCCACCGCAGCCGCUCCUCUUUAACCAGUGGAUUGACAUCUCCUCCUGGUAGUGAAGCUUAUUACGGUGAGACCGACAGUGAUGCUGAUGUGGCCGGCUAUGAGCGGCAACGCCGGCAGAAACGUAGAAGUCCCAGCAACUCCAACCCGAUGAAACCAUCUGGACGAGCAUCCCCUGAGGGCGGGGAGACGUCAGAGAUGAGUGGCUAUGACAGUGCUCCUGAUGCACAUGUUUACCCUAGUUUGUUGGCUGGACGUGGAGGAGAUGGAGAUGGAGGAGGGGGGCUACCAGGGGUGGCAAGGAGGGAAGUAAUUUACCAACCUCCUGGUCCAGGAAUGUGGUCCUCUCAGACAUCCACUGAGACAUCCUCCAUCAUCUCCUCAGCAGAUGAUCAAGGGCCAAGAGACGGAGGUCAAGAGGAGGACAGUGGCUUUCUAGAACCAGCUAAUGUGCCACUGGUAUCCCCAGAGAGGGCAAAGGAGGCCCUGAUGCUAAGUUCCCGCAGCCAGCUGGUUCCCAUGGUUGGUCCUUUGAGUAAACCUAUUGAUGAUGAGCUUACUACAACCUACAUGGAAAAAGCCAAGCAGGCCAAAUUGAACCGAGGGGAUACGCAACAAGACAAGCAAGUAAAAGAAGCAAAAAGCAAGUGUCGCACUAUUGCAUCGCUACUGACUGAUGCUCCAAACCCUCACUCCAAGGGGGUCUUGAUGUUCAAGAAGAGGCGGCAGCGCUCCAAGAAGUACACCCUCACAAGUUAUGGCAGUGUGGAUGAGGAUAGAUGUCAUGACUCACAAGAGGAGGAUGGAGUAUUCCCUGGCAGUGAAUCAGAAUUUGAUGAGGAUGGCUUCUCAUCAGUUCCUGACCCAACUUGGGAUAGCGACUACUUGGAUAUGCUGGAGAAGAGGGCAACUGCAGGCACUGAAGGCCGUGGAGAUGGAGCAGAGGAUGCUCCAAGUCCAGGGUUGAGUGACACUACGGGCAAGGGUGCUCAGUUGUUUGAGCAGCAGAGAAAGAGGGCUGCUGAACAUGCCAAGAAAGUAGAGGCAGCACAGCCUCAGGCUCCUCCACAGUCUCAAGUCCAAGAGCACGUUCAAAUGUAUCAGUUACAGCCAGAGAUGCAAAUACCAAUGCAGCCAAUGGUCCACUCACCACAGUUGUUGACAUCAGGUCCUACAGCGAUACAGCAAGACCAAUCCCAAGUUUCAGGCCAAGUUGCAGCUCAUGGAGUGUCUAAUGUGGAACUUUCUGCAGUUGAUACUGGUAGCAUGGUAAUGACACCUCCACCUGUGGCCCCCAAACCUGCCAUUGGCUCAGUUACUGUUCUGACCAGACCUGAACCACCACCUGAAACACCAUUACCAGAACUACCUGCAAGUAAUGUUCUGAAUAGAACAGCACGUCCAUUCACUCCUGGCUUUAUCAGCAUUAGAGCUGCGACUGCUCCUGUUACGUUCCGGCCUCCCAUAACAAAGACAAACCAGCGUCCAGCCUCAGCAGCUGUUGUGCCACCACCGUUCUCUACUGCCUCUGAACUGUCUCCUAGUGCAACAUCAUUACCACCACAAAUACCCCCUGUUCCUCCAUCAGUGUUCUCCACAUUGACCUCUGUACCUCCAGGUGCCUCGGCUCCAACACCAGAAGCAUGUGUUUCCUAUCCUCCUCUGGUCAUCUCCACCUCUGUAGAGAAAAUGCAGCCAUCACCACCUAUAGCAACAGUUCAACAUGCUCCAUACACAAGUGUUCCCCCAAGGCCUAUGCCUGCAAUGCCACUGGCUCCCCAACCACCAAUGGCUCCAGUCCCGGUUCCUCUGGUACCUAAUAUUCCUGGUUCAACUGACCAAGUUUCCCCAGUGCCUCCACCUCAAGUAUCACCUCCUCCCCCUCAAUUUUCAGCAGCACCUGUUGCCCCAGUGUCAGUAGUGUCUCAGCCAGAAGCUGUAGCUCCAACCCCUGUUCCUGGUUCAACAGGUAAAACAGGAAUCUUACUUGAGGCUCGGCGACGCAGCGGGAAACCCAAACCAAUGUUUCAUGUGCCAGAAGUCACAAAAAAGUCCCCCAAUCCUGAGCUUCUAUCAAUGGUGCAGAACCUUGAUGACAGGUCCACCAGACACAAAUAUGGCCAACCCCCAUCUGAAAAUAUCUAUGAUCAUGUAGAGGAGGAGGGGACUGGUGAGACAAGCAUGGAAAGGGCACCUCCUCCAGUUGCACCCAAGCCUAAGGUCAUCCAUGAGACCCCAAAGUUUCUUCAAGCUGGUGGUAAAGGGGCCCAGCUGUUUGCACGCAGGCAGAAUCGCAUGGGAAUGUAUGUAGUGGAGAACACACCUGAGACCCCUUACCAGCAGGAUUUGGCCCAUCCUCCCGACUUCCCCUCCAAUCCUUCCAUUUCCUCUCAGUGGAAAUACUCCCCUAAUGUCCGUGCCCCUCCACCCAUUGGGUACAACCCACUCCUGGGCCCCACCAUCCCCACAGGGCCUCAGAGAGAUCCUACAAAGCCAGAUGGCAAGGGCAGAGGAGGGUCCCAAAGAGAAGGCAUCAAAGCUCUGGAUUUCAUGAGAAGACAGCCCUACCAGCUCAAUUCUGCCAUGUUCAACUAUGGGGGCAGUGUUGCUAACCUAUCAGCUAUGCCUUCUUACCAGGCCCAGAGGCAGCAGCAGGGAGACUUCACAAUGGUGGGCAGCUCAUUAACCCCUCCUAAGCAGAUCCCAGUCAAAACAGCUCGUGUCUUUGAGGUCAAGCGAUUCUCAACACCCACACCUAUGUCAGCUCCAACUCUGACUCCCAAAGUCAUUGCCCCCCGCUCAGCCACUACCCUUGGAGAACGUCUGACUCACUCUGGCAUGACAUCCCCCCCACUCUCUUAUCCCACUCCAACCUCAGCCCCUUUCUUGUCAACAGCACCAGUCAGUGUCACAACUCCAGCAUCGCCUCCUUCAAAACCGGCAGCACUGCCAAGCCUCCCAAAAUUUUCUGCCAAUCCUAUUCCAAAUCCUGUGCCCCCUUCAGUCCCCAAACCUUAUACUCCAGUAGCAUACACAGGUGGGCUUCAGACAGCCAAGCAGUUCCAAAGUGCUCCUGAACUUAGCAUCCUUGCUUCUCUGCCCCCACUUAGACAUGAUCCAGUGCAGGCUCCCAGACCACGUUUUGUUGCCACCAAGGUAGGAGUCCAGCCCCAUGUUUGGAGGCCAGGGGCCCCAUAAGAUGCAAUUUGCCUAACUAAUAAUUUAGGUUCUUAAUUUAUUGUUUAAAUCCAUUAAAGACCCCAAAAUUGUAUUUAUUGUAGUUUAUAAAUAUCAAAAUAUUUGUUUUCUUCUCUUACAAAGUAAACUGUCUUUGUGGUUCAUCUAGUUGGCUGAACAAAGAAAAGAUUUUAAAGAUGGCACAGCAAAUUUUGUCGCAUUUUCAUGGCAUACUAAAGAAAAAGAAAUUCAACCCAAACUAUUAAUUAAGCAUCAAAAUGAUCAAUGAGCACAAAGCAAUAUAGUAACAAAGAUAUAACGGGAUACAGAAUUAGUUAAAAUCCAGAAUCCAGUUCUUUAUUGAAAAUAUUUGAACUUGAAUAAAUCUAUAGGCUAUGAAAAGCUACUUGCUCUUCGAUCUUGCUUUUCAAACUUCUUUUGCAACAGCAUAUUUAUUUACACAUAUCUGAGUGAUAACUACAAUAUUGUAUACUAGCACAUAGGAUAUGCUUUGUAGUACAUCAUAUGCCUGUCCUGGGGGAGGUUUGUGUAAGGCUUCUGGAGAUCUCUUUCUUCUACUUAAGCAGAAAUGCCAUCUAAACAGAGCCUGUACUGAUUAUACUUUGAAACUUGAAAUGUCUGAUAGAUGUUGAAACUGAAGAGUUGCAAUCCUGACAAAAGGAUUGAAUUUUUUAAAGAUGUUUGAGUUUGUAUGAUGGGGGAUCUGCAGGUUUUCAUGUUGGAACAAGUCAGUCAUUUAAUCUGUAACUGUCUUAUUCACUGAUGUGUCAAAAAAAAGUAUUCAGUCUGUAGCAUUAUCAAGAAGAAAUUCAUCAGGAUCAUACCUUCUUAUCCAAAAGUUUUAAUGAUGCAUGACCCACUGAAAUUGUAAAAUGUUUAACCCUCUUAACUUCUGAUGAAGAGGAUUGCUCUUGCAAUAGAAGUUUUACUUAAUCAGAGUAAAAAAAAAAAAAAAAACAACUCUGCUGACUUUAGAGAAAAAUGCUGUCUCUUUUUGCAUUGGUUGAAAGUGCCCAGGCUGUCAAUGAAUGUAAACUUCUCACUGGACAUCACAGCCUCCACUAGGCACACCAGAGCCUUAUUUAGAAUGAGUGUGAUUUUUGCAAUUAUUUAUGUAAAUUCUUAACUUUUAUUAAACAGAUGACACAGAUGAAGGAAUGUGUAUUUCAUUUCAUUUCAUUGUGUUUUUAUCUAAAGUGGUGCAAAGGGAAGUUGACUGACUGAAAAUCAUAAGCAUUUACAUAAAAGGGUUCAGGAAACAAGAGUGGCUGUGGAGGGGGAAUAUGGAUGGGAUGGAGUUUGGCCAGUUUACCAAAUGGGGUCAUAGCUCACCAUUUUACUUAAGGGGUUAUGAUCAAUGGUAGCAUGGCAGGGAAUAGGGAUUAGUGGCUGAAUUGCACAUAGAAUUGAAAUCCCACAGCCUAGAGGAUAAUCAAGUAUGACCAGGAAAGUUUGUUACUCAAGGCUUGUUGGUUAAGCUAAAGAAGCUGAUUGAAAGAGGCAUAGAGGUUCCGUUGAUGUCUUUCCUUAAAAAUGGUGGCUAAUAAAAAGUGGGGGAACUUUACUCAGUGGCUUUGUACCUUGAAAGAAUAGGUAUGUUUAUGAAAAUUAGUCAUAAAUAAAGAAUGUAAAAUAUUUGAUGGUAGGAUACUUUGUGAGGUCCUUUUUUUACUAUUUCUAAAAUCUAGGUUUUCUCUAAGCUUUUCUUUGGUUUCAUAGUGUUAAAUAUACAAAACCCAGAGUGUAUUUAUAGACAUUUGAAGAGGUAAAUAAAUACAUGUUUUUGAAUGUAGCUGGAUUAACUGAUGAGCUUGAUAAUGUCUGUUAUAACUGCUGAGUAGAUAUUAAAGUUGACUGGGAGACAAGACAAUUUCAGAGGAAUAAAAAUGGAUUUGAAAGCUCGCCAUUUGUCUAACACAUUUGAUUUUAGACUGCUCCCUGUUGCUAAUUGUGUGAUCCCUCUCUUUUUUAAUGUACAUGCAUGUAUGCAUAAAAUUAUAUUUUUAAUUGAGCUUUGCAUUAGCUGUAAUUGUAUAUUAGUUUUAAUAAAAAUCUAUAUGUUUAACUAUA